AUGACAACUUCAAGAAAUACAUCACCAAAUCAAGGUGUAUCAAAUGGUGUCAAUGGUCACAGUUCAACACCAAUAACUGAUCAACCUCAAGUCCCCCUUCCAGAAGAAUUACGUUCUCAAUUACCAACAAAUUCAAGAACAUCCUCAUCAAAUGGUUCUCAUCAUAAAAGAAAUUUCCUUAAAAAAGUUUUCCAUCAUGAAAAAAAAGAUAAAGAACAACCAAAACAAGGUAAAAGAUCUUCAACUAUACAUAGAAGUGAAACCCAUAGUCAAGAACAUCGUGAAAUUCCUCAAAUUUCUCAACCUAAAAGAUCAAAUACAGCUCAACAUUUAACUGAUGGUUCAGUUCAGGGGAAAAUUCCAACAAAUAAUAAAAAUCCAUUCUUAAUAUCCAAAAAUAAUGCAUCAAGUGCUUCUAUUGCCUUGUAUAAAGAUGAUGCAAAUCAUGGAAAUGCAGGUAUUGACGUUGCAGGAUCAAGAGAUAAACCACCUCAACUCCCAACAACAAGUUCAUCAAAAAAUGGGAUUUAUAUCCCUGCAAACCCUGAAGGAAUGUCUGUUUCAAGAGCUGCUUCUUUUAAUAAUCGUGCUGCUUUAGGUAGUAAAGCAGGAUAUGGGAAUCCUUAUGGACAAGGAAGUAAUGCUAGUACGAAUCAUAUUUCUGGGGCAAGUACAACUGGUGGAUCAAUGGUUAAUUCUGAUGAUGAACAUGUUUUAUUACCUAUCCCUGUACAAGAUCCAAAUAAUUAUUUACCUGAUGAAUAUAAACAACCUACAAUUUCUGUUCAUGAUGAUUAUAUUAUCCCGGAAAAAAAUACUAAGAGAUUAGGUGAUGGUGGUUCUUCAGUUGUUUUUAUUAUUACUUCGAAAAAAAAUGGUAAACAAUAUGCUUAUAAAAAUUUCACAAUGGUUAAUCAUGAAACUCCUGAAGAAUUUUACAAGAGAGCUGCAAAAGAAUAUAUCAUUGCUAGAAGACUAAGUGAAAAUAAACAUGUUGUUGGUUGUUAUCAAUUGAUGAAGUCUUCAUCAACAACAAAUAUCCAACGCGGUUGGGGGUUUGUCCUUGAAUUUUGUAAAGGCGGUGAUUUAUUUUCAUUAAUUUCCAGAACAGGAUGGAAACAAUAUCCAAUUGCAGAAAAAUAUUGUAUUUUUAAACAAAUCACCCGUGGAUUAAAAUUUAUUCAUUCCCAGGGGAUAGUUCAUCGUGAUUUAAAACCUGAAAAUUGUUUAGUUAUGGAGGAUGGUUGUAUUAAAUUAACUGAUUUUGGUGUUGCAGAAUAUGGUUUACAAGAUCCAAAUGAUUUAAAUUCUCCAAUUAAAUUAUUAACAACAUAUGUUGGUUCUCCACCUUAUGUAUCACCAGAAGUUAUGGAAUUGAAAGGUACACCAACAAGUGCUCCGAAGGCUGUACAAUAUGAUGGGUUUAAAUUGGAUAUUUGGGCUUUAGGUGUCUUAUUAUACUGUAUGGUUCAUCAAGGCAAUCCUUUUGUGACUUCAAAUUCUUCAGAUGGUGCAUAUAGAGAUUUUGUUUCCUCAUAUAUUACAUAUUGUCAAUCAAAUCCACAAUUUAAAACUGGUGGUGAUAAAACUCAUGGUCCUGGUCCUGAAUUUAGAUAUGCUAAAGAUUAUUUAUGUACUGGUGGGGCAAGAGUUGGUUGGAGAUUAUUAGAUCCAAGUCCAAAAACAAGAAUUUCAUUAGAUGCAGUUAUGGAAGAUCCUUGGUUUAAAUCAAUCGAAACUUGUAUUCAAGAAGAUGAAGAUGAUUCAUCAUUUGAACCUAAAUUUAUAAUUCCAGAUUCAAGAAUUUCAUCAUUUGAAUCAGGUAGUACAUCACAAUCAAAAUCAAUGUUGGAUUUUUCACCACCUGAAAAAAAAUCAUCAUUUAAUCAAUCUGCAACUUCAUCAGGGAAAUCAAGUCCUUUAGUUAAACCAAAAUCUAUGUUGGAUUUUAAUGAUGUUGCACCACAAUCUGAACAAUUACCCCCAUUAGAAGAAGUUGAUCAUGAAGAAACUCAUUCAUCACAAUUAGAAUUAAACAUUGAACCUAAAAAAACAAUCACUAAUGAUAAAACCGUCCCAGAAGAUUCAGAAGUUUUUUAUGAAGCUAGUGAAGAAAAUUCCCCAAAAUUAUCACCAAAAAAUGAACCAAUCCCACAAAUUCCUAAUAAUUCAUCAUAUAAUAUUACAUCAAUACCCAAUGGUUCUCAAAGUUCAAUACCAAGAGCUGGUUCUUUUUCAAGUUUAGUUUCUAAAAAUUCAAAUACUAGUAUUCAUGGUAAAAAAAAGAGACAUCAUCAUUUAGAUAUUACUAAUGUUCAAAAUCAUGGUCAUGGAUCUUCUGUUAAAUUAGGUAUGAGAUGA